UUUGUCCAUACAGAACAAAAUCUGAACGGCUGCAUUUCAGAUACUCAUUUGAAAUCGAUACUCAUUGAACCUACCCUCACAUACACUAUCACUAUGGAUUGGAAGGGUCUGGAAGGCCUCCUUAGUGGAGUGAAUAAGUACUCUACAGGCUUUGGCCGAAUCUGGCUGGCGCUGGUGUUUGUUUUCCGUGUCAUGGUGUUCGUGGUGGCAGCUGAACGUGUGUGGAGCGAUGACCAAAAGGAUUUCGACUGUAACACACUAAUGCCUGGGUGCGCCAACGCAUGCUACAACUACACCUUUCCCAUCUCACACAUCCGCCUGUGGGCUCUGCAACUCAUUUUUGUCACCUGUCCUUCUUUCAUGGUGGUGAUGCACGUGUGGUACCGCGAAGAUCGGGAGCGCAAAUACCGUGCCAAGCAUGGUGAUGGUGUGCGCCUUUAUAACAAUCCAGGACAGAAGCACGGCGGUCUGUGGUGGACUUACUUCCUCAGCUUGUUCUUCAAGACGGGCAUUGAGGUGCUUUUUCUUUAUCUGCUGCAUUACAUUUACGCAAACUUCGACAUGCCCCGCAAGGUGACCUGUGACAUGUGGCCAUGCCAACACAAUGUGGACUGCUACAUCUCCCGUCCGACCGAAAAGCGCAUCUUCACAUACUUUAUGGUGGGUGCCUCAGCUGUUUGUAUUGUGCUCAACAUCUGUGAGAUCUUCUACCUCAUGGCCAUGCGUGCGCUGCGCCGCAGUCACAGGGGCAACAUGGCCGCCAGGAAGAAGACCUGUGGAGAGCCGUACUGCACUGACUGUAGCCUACCUAUGGCCACCUACACACCAGCCAAGGAAAUGAAACCAGAAUGA